CAUAAGGACUGACGUGUGGCCGGUGUGUGGUUCACGAUCGCAGACGAGUGGCCUUUCAGGGAGCCGUGGCGACCGAAUAGUAAACCAACUCUAAACGAGGGCUUUUCGAAACCCCGUUGUACGCCUCCGCUUUGUGUGUCACACCGUCAUUAAUCCGAUGUGGAGUCGAUGUUUGUGUGCAUUCAUACUGCGAUCCGCUCAGAAUAACACGUGUUACAACAUUGGAGGCGAUCUAACAUCGCUAUUAUAUGUAUAUAGCAUUUAUUUAACAACGUCGACAACAUUACCCAUCAUCAUGACGAAAAAAAAUAAUUUAUAUUAAAACAAAAUUAAAAACCGCACCAGCAGUCAUGUGGGAUUCGAACCACUCAUCAUGCCCGACCUCUCUGAUGAGUUUUCUGACCUACUUCUAAGACAGAGAGUUUCUGAACACACUAUUCAUGCAACAUUGACCCAGAAUCCAUUAUAUCAAGGAUUUUGGUACCUAAACGUCACACAAUUAGCAUUUUGCUAACUACUUCUGUCCCUGUACUCUCAAUGUGUGUUUUUGUAGGAAUUCUGUACACGACGUCGGAUGUGUCCAAACGCACCAGUCCCGCUGUUAUAGAGCUCCGAGCCCAAACAUGGUGAAGGUGGAGCUGGACCAGGUGGUGAUGAGGAGGAUGAAGGAGGACGACAUAGAGAUGGUCAAAGCCCUCAUCAAGGAGGGCUGCGAGGGCACAGAAAACCGUCUUAUCCUCCACGUCCUCACUCGUCCGCUCUGCCUCUUCAUCCUGGCUGUUUGCUCCUCAAUGCUGCGCUGCCUCGUGCAUUCCUUCGUCCUGACCCUCGCUAUUCCCGUCUUCCUGCUAAUUGUUUUUCUCAAAAUCACCAUGCCGCGGUCCACAGGGGUUCUGGGCAGCGUCCGGCCCUACUGGGACUACGUGGGCAGCAGCUACCGAGGGACACAGGACGAGACACUGCCCAAUCCAUUCAGCGGGAUCAGCGGCAAGACACCCGGGGCUAGAAAGCCGAGGCGCAGGGUCGCACCCAAAGACAAGGGCGCCGAUCUGCCAACAGAAAAUGUCACCCCAGAGCGGGAGCAGGAGGCAGGGCAGAUCUGGGUGGCGGAGUGCGAUGGCGAGAUCCUCGGCUGCAUCUUCAGGGAAAGCGAGAAGCGGGCCGACGUGACGAGGAUCUGCAGGUUGGUGACGGGCUGCUGGUACCGCAGGGAGGGUCUGGGCCGGCUGCUGGUCCAGGGCCUGGAGCAGAGGGAGCGGGAGGCCGGCGCGCGCAGAGUGUACGCUCACGUCCCUCACCCGUCCAAACUGGGGGAGACCUUCUUUAGGAAGCUGGGCUAUCGGCAAUUUGGGGAGGGGGCCCAUGCAAAAGAAGACAGAGACGACGAUGAGGAGGAGGAGGAGGAGGAGGAGAGAAAGCUUGAGCCUCCAGAGAGAGGCUUUCUGGGAUACCCCCUCACUAAAGUGUUUUACAAAGACCUGUGAUGGAGUGAUGAUGGACUCGUGGAGAUAAAAGGGAGUCAUUGGAAUGGCUGGAGGUAAAGAAGCCAUAGCACAAGUUCUCACGGCUGCCGCUUGUGUGGAUAUUUGUUUAUUUCAUAUUUUGUGUUAUUUAUCCAAGUAUUUGUUUACUGUAUUUGUUGCUUUUCUGUUAGUUUGAACUGUAUUUUUACCUUUUUCUCCAAUAAAGAACCUUCUCUCUGUUCAACAAAUGGUUGUUAUUUAAAAAUGUAAUAAUAGCCACAAUCAUGCUGUUCUCUCAUCAUUAAUAAUCAAAUGAAAUAUUUAUGUAAAAUGUGCGUUUCCAUACGGUGUGUUUGCAUGUUUUUUUUCCCCAAGGCUUCCACACAGUAAAGGAUGUGUGUGAUUGCACACAUUUGUUUGUGUGAAAGGAUACAGAUGUGUAGGAGGAUGUGUGGUUUUGGUGAAUCUGCAGAAUUCUUCUGCUUUUAUCUUUAGUUGCUCAGCGUCACGUAUGUUGUGAGUCUGCUAGAACUCCUGCAUCAGCCUGUGUUCUUUUAU